AAUGAUAAGAUAUGAUAUUAAAGUUAUUUUUAAUACAAACAUUGCAUGAGCUUGGAUUUUAUGUUAUGGUUUAUUCUAUCCUUUCAUAAAAAAAAUGUGUUGUGAAUUUGGUAUGGUUAAAAAAGCCUUCCACGGUUCUCUAUUAAUUUCCCUGUUAAACUGCUUAUCAAUGGUAAUAUUGGCCUGCGUAAUGGGCAGAAUGUUUAAUAAUGAUGCCAUCAAUAAAGUUACACCUCUUAUGGAAUACCUAUUUGUCAACGCAUGUGUAGUUAUGUUUUUAACAGCAUUAGGCUGGAUGGGAUUAAAACUAGAACGAAAACUCGUCCUUAACGCUUAUGCAAUUAGUGCCGUGAUGAUAAUUGUAAGUCAAGUAAUUGGAGGCGUUAUGCUUUUCUUGCGUACCAAAAAUGAUGAUUCUAUAAUUAUUAUAAACGAUGAAAAUAUUAAAGUAAUCGCCAUCGUUUUUAUAAGUGUAUUAGGCAUUGAGAUGGUGGCACUGAGUCUAACAGUAUUAUUUUCACUUCUUCUUUCCUGUAUGAUAUACAAUAACGAAAACACCAACAUUACAGAACAUACGCGUUUAUUAACGCAAGAUGCUUAAUAUAUUUGAAUAUUUUAGGAUUAAAUUGAUAUUGUAUUUUUUCCAACUUUACGGUAUAAUUGACAUUACAAAACUAACCUGACUCAACAUUCCUGCACAGUAUUAUCGAUAUUACAAAAGAAAACUAACCUUACCCAACAUUCUUUCUUGGCUUGAUUGGCAUUUGGAAACAUACAUUUGUAAACAUGCUUAUUUACUGCCAACUUUUGGAGAACAUUCUCCUAAGAAUUAAUAAUAAUAACUCUUUAUUUCCUACAGGUGACCACCCAGUUACAGGAAAUCAUAUAUAACACAAUAGUAAAUGUAAGCACACAGAAAAACUUAAAAAAGAAAGAUACGUAAUUGAAUAACAAAGAAAUGAAAUAAAAACUAUUAAUAGAAACCUAAUAUUUAAGUGUUAGUAAUGCUUAAAGUAGCUCUAAUUAUCGCGCUCAACGGGUCACAGAAUAGAUCACAAAAUGGUGAUAUUCUGUAAUCGAAUAUCACCAUUUUGUAUAUUUUUUGUAUAUUCACAUAUUAAAGAUACCGGCGAAUUACGUAGCACAUAGGUACGGCUGUGACUAGUAUAAAAGAUGUGUCUACAGCGCGCGUUAAUACGCGGCAUGACGAAUGGCAAUCUCUCGAGCAACCAGCUACAGUUCACGUCACCCCUUAUAAUCUUACAAGUAAAGUUAACAAAGCAGACAGCAGAAAAUUAAACCUCAAGAGCAGGAACUUAAAUAUUUUAAAAAAGCUUUUUGGACUGAUUCAAGUACAUUGACAUAAUAUUGAUAAUACGGACUCCAGACGAUCACCGCGUCCUCCAAAUGAGAUCUGAUCAAAGCAAAAAAUAAGGUUGACAAACAUUGCACGGAUAGUCCUCUACAACCACGCACAAUAAAACUAUAAAUCCGGAAGCACUUGGCCACAAGAUCGAGAAUAUGCUCACUGAACGUCAGGACAUAGUCGAACCCACCGAGGUCUACACUUCGACACACAAUUCAAGGGUUGGUUACCUAAGCGGUACACAUAAUCGAUCAAGCUAAUCUUUUUAGUGAAUGUCAUCGUAAAACACUUAGAUAUAUUGAGCGCCAGACGGUGGCGAAAGCACCACCCCUAUACACGAACCAGAUUCCUCUUCCUCUGCCACUUAUGGCCGAGAAGAUUUUGAGAUCGUCGGCGAACAGUCCAGGACCUCAGUAACAUCGUUAAUGAAAGCCAGGAACAACAGCGGACCAAGAUUAGAUCCCUGCGGGACACCCGAAGUUAAACAGAAACCAUCGCAGAUAUUUUUUAUUUAUUUAUACAAAUGGAUACAGAACGGGACAAACCCUAUAAUACUGCAUCACAACAUUGACAUAAAAAAAAUCAAACAGAAAUAUCAGCGCAAUAUAAGCCAGAAAAAAUACAUACAGAGACGCAAACCAAAUGAAAAUUAUACAA